AUGGCUGAGUGGUGCUACAACACAACAACACAUUCAGCUACUGGUAUGUCGCCAUUUGAAGCUUUUUAUGGUCAUAAACCAAGGCUCUUGUUAUAUGUUUGUGGCACUACUGCAAAUGAAACUAUGGAUCAACAAUUGAGAACAAGAGAUGAAAUCAUGGGUUUGUUGAAAGAGAAUUUACAGAAGGCUCAACAAAGGAUGAAGCACUUUGCUGAUAGAAAGAACCCUACAGGACAGAAAGAACUUUCACAGUUGAUUUUGGAGAAAGUGGGGUCUGUAGCAUACAAACCACAUUUGCUUAUUGCAGCUAAAAUUCAUAAUGUUUUUCAUGUUUCUUGGCUUAAGAAGAAAUUGGGGGAAAAUGUCACAGCAUUACCAUCAUUACCACUAGUAGAUAAAGAGGGGAAUAUUAAGCCAAAACUUGAAGCCAUUUAG